AUGGCUGAUGAUGGUGAAUUGCCAUUUAGUUAUGUAGAAGAGAAUACACCAGAUGGAUUAGAAUGUGUAAUUUGUUAUUGCCCAUUAAUUGAUCCAGUUGAACAUAUAACACAAAAUUCAACAUGUAAUUCAUCAUUUUGUAAACAAUGUGUUUGCACAUUGAAAUCUUGUCCCAUUUGCAGAUUAGAAGUUUCAAAUUGGACAAGGGUACAACUUACACCUUCAACACUUCGUUUUAUAUUUAGACCACUAUCAGAUAUUAAAGUAACAUGUAAUGUUUGUAAAAAAGAAACAACAAGAAAAGAAAUUAAAUCUCAUGUUGAAUCUUGUGGUAUUAAGUUACCAGAAGGACUAUACCCAGAAUUAGAAGUAAAUAAACAACCACAACUUCAACAACAACAACAACAACAAUCAUCAAAUACUCUUUCAAACUUUUUUGGAGGAAUUUCUGAAAAAUUAAAAUUCAAAACAAAUGAUCAAAAUAAUAAUACUAAUAAUAAUAAUAAUAAUAAUAAUAAUAAUAAUAAUAAUAAUAAUAAUAAUAAUAGAAGUCCAAUAGAUGAUAGAAGGAAUACUCCAUUACCACCACCACAACAACAACCAAUUACACCAAACCAACAACAACAACCACAAAUACAACAGCAUCAACAAAUACAGCCACCUCAACAACAGCAACCAAUAUAUAACCCUUAUCCACCAUAUCCAUAUUAUCAAAC